AUGACGUCAUACGCCGUCGAAUUGAGGAUACUGUGGCUGUUGCUGACCCUGACGGUCCUUCUCGACGGCUCGCCGGCGACGAGAAAGGUCAGCAAGGCUCCAGCCGGUUUCCGGUAUUCCAGGAAGGAUCUCGUCGCGGAGGCCACGGGUCAUCACGGAGGCGGCGACAAACAUCACGAGGAGGGUACCGGCUCGAAGCACGACGAGGCCCACCACGACACGCAUGGCCAGAAAGGCGAUAAGGGUUACAAGGCUUUCCACGAGUUCGAGAAAAGUGAUAAAGGACAUCACGACAAGGAGAAGCACAAACAGGAGUACGACGAGGAAGAGGGUGAGAAGAAAAAGAACCACGAAGAAGCUGGCCAUUACGGCGAGGAGCAUCACGGCGAGGACGGUGAGAAGGAUGCGAAAUUUGGCGAAGAGGGCAAACACCAAAAGGGAUACAGCACGAAGGGGGAGCACAGUGUCUUCAAGAAGGAUGAAUACGAGAAGAAGCACGAUUUUUAUGACGAGUAUCACGAGGACGGGGGAAGCGAGAAGCACGGUGGUUGGCACGAGGAACACGAGGGCAAGAAGGGUGGCCACGAAAAGAAAGGCCAUCUGCAUUCUGGACAUCACGAGGGUCAUCAUGGCAAGGAGAAGAAACACGAGGGCGGUCACCAUCAUCACGAGAAGAAGGGUCACAAGUCCGCGGACGGACACGACGGUCAUCAUCAUCACGAUGAGAGACACGGUCAUAAAGAGGGACAUGCAUCGGGACAUAAGUGGUCGAAGUCAAAUCAUCAUUGA